UCAGCUCUACCGCUACCGCGGAACCGGCACCGCCGCCGCCACCGCCGCGCCGCCCAACGGCACCGGGCCCUGCACCCGCGGGUGGCACUACGCCCUGCCCGCCGCCGGGCUGCGCUCCAACCUGGUCACCGAGUGGGACCUGGUGUGCGCCGCGCGCUGGAAGGUGCCCCUGGAGCAGACCACGCACCUGCUGGGCUGGGCGCUGGGCAGCGUCACCGCGGGCAUGGCCUGCGACAGGUUUGGCCGCCGUCCCACCUUCCUGGUGUCCCUGGGGCUGGCGGUGCCGCUGGGGCUCGGCGUGGCGUUGGCCAUCGACUUUGUCAUGGUGCUGGUGGCACGGCUGCUUUUCGGGGCCGCGCUGGCCGGAGCAUUCCUCUCCCUCUAUGUGGCACGGCUGGAGCUGUGUGACCCCCCGCACCGGCUGGAGGUGACGAUGAUCGCCGGCUUCUCCUGGCUGGCGGGAGAGCUGCUGCUGCCGGGGCUGGCGGUGCUGUGCCGGGAGUGGCGGGUGCUGCAGGGCGCCGUGACGGCCGUGCUGGCGCUGCUGGCGGCGUGCUGGUGGUUCAUCGGCUCCGGUAUCCGGCACUGCUUCACCCGCAAUCUGGCCCCGCACCUCCCGCGCUUCCUGCCCGCGUACUUCGCGCUGCGGGGCCCCGAGGCGGCCGCGUGCCUCUUCCUCUGCGUCACCGUGGAGCGCUGCGGGCGUCGCGCGGUGCUGCUGCUGUGCACCGUGCUGACCGGCACCGCCUCGCUGCUGCUGCUGGCGCUCACCCAGUACCUCCUGGAGCUCAUCGUGCUGAUGCUGUCGGUGCUGGGGGUCACCGCCUCGCACGCCGUCACCAUGCUCAGCAUCUUCUUCGCCAGCGAGGUGCUGCCCACCGUGGUCAGAGGCGCGGGGCUGGGCCUGGUGGUGGGGGCCAACCUGGUGGGCUCCGCGGCCGCCCCCAUCGCCGCCGUGGCCAGCAGCCGCGGGUUCUUCCUGCACCACCUGGUGUUCGCCUCCUUCGCCAUCCUGGCGGUGCUCAGCAUCAUGCUGCUGCCCGAGAGCCAGGGCCGCCGCCUGCCCCACUCCCUGCAGGAGGGCGAGAGCCAGCGCCGGCCCCCCCUCUUCCGCCGCCCACCCCGCGAGGACCACCUCCCCCUGCUCGCCCCCCGCGGCAUUCCCCACGAUUACUCCCGCAUCGUCCCCUCUGCCCAAAGGGCGCUGGGACCGGGCCGCGGCCCUGCGGGUCCCCCCCCCGAGACAUAGACGCGGCCCCCCAGGGGGGUUCCCAAUGCUGCUGGGCCGGGUGUGGGCGGGGGGGGAACAAGCUCAGCGAUGGGUGCGCCCAGACCCCCUCCGCCAAGCUGGACCCCCCCCCCGCUGCUCCGAGGCCCCCAUCCCCGUGUGGUUCUGGGGCUGGGAAAGGGCUGCGUGCCCCCCCCGCCCCCC